CACUCGUUUACUUUAUCACCAGCAGGCUCUUGGUCUCUCAGUCACUCCCUUUCCCUCCCAUUCGCUUCUGUCUCACUGGAGACGCUGGUCUCACCUCCAGGUCCGCUUAAGACGCCCCGUUGACGACCAUUCCACGCUUCUCUGUUUCCUUGUUGCUCUGAGCUUGACGCCAGCUGCCUUUCCUCUUUCCUGUAACUUCAAUGGCUCCUGGUUUUCUAGAAAAGCGUCUCUCAAGAUUUGUGGAACGAAGGUCGAGCUGUGUCAGCUCACAGCCCACCAACACCGUCACAGACCGCCUGAAUGCGGUUUUCGCCUCCAACAAAACAGGCCAGGUCCUCUCCCUAUGUCCCAACCAGCAGUAUUACAUCACGGAGCCCAUCGCCUUCACCGCACCCAACCAGGAGAUUAGUACGCAGGGGUACCCAACCGACAACUCGAGAGCGACCCUCGUCGUCAGCGGAGCAAUCGUCAACCUGACAGGGCACACCGUCGCCGUCGAGGGAAGCUGCUUGAACUGCAACGGAGUCAAACUGCGAAACGUGCAGAUCAACGGAACGCGGCUCGGCGGCCUCCCCGUCGCGGGCGGCGCCAACAUCGAGAUGGGCGGCCCGAACGCGAACCAGCUCAUUGAGUACGUGCACUCGUACGACCCGCGCGGGUGGUCGUGUCUCCACGUCUCGGAGGGGUACGAUAACUGCACCGGCGCCGUCGUGCAGUACAACGAGAUCGGCCCCGCGGGCGCGGCGGAGUGGGACCAGUGGGCGGACGGCAUCAGCGUCGCGUGCAUGAACAGCCAGGUCAAGGGCAAUCUCGUCAAUAACCCCACGGACGGGGGGAUCGUGCUGUUUGGGAGCCCUGGAACGCGGGUGGAGAAUAAUACGAUUUGGGCGCAGACGCAACCUCUGCUCGGUGGAAUUAAUCUCGUCGAUGUGGUACCCUUUGGUGGGGACUUCAACGGCGUGGUCGUCACCAACAACACCAUCGCGGGCGGCUUCGCGACCACGCCCAACAACGGCUCGUCGCGGUACGGCGAGAACCCGAACGAUGUUCUCAUCAAAAUCGGAAUCGCGAUCGGCCCGCGCGUGUGGUUCGGCGGCAAAUACAACAACAACGUGAGCACCGGCGGAACCGUGAUCAACAACGAGAUCACCGGCGCGCUCACGUACGGCAUCGCGAUGGCGUCCGCGACGAACUUCACGGUCGAGAACAACUUCCUGCACACGAACUACUCGUUCAUCGGCACGAAAGGGCCGAACUGCAGCACGAGCGUCGCCCCGCCGACACCGUUCCUCUUCGACCUGACGAACGUGAACACGAGCAGCGUACAAGGCGCGUUCGCGAAUAACAGCGCGAGCUACCUCGUGUGUAUGGUUCCCCCGCCGGUCUCGGACGCGAUAUGGCCGUUCGGCGGGGACCCGACCGCCACGGACGGGACGCCGCCGGUGCCGCCGCCCGAGCCGAAUGUGGCGCGGCCGGCGGCGCAUGGGAUCAGGGAGAGCGGGGGCGAUAUUGCUGGGAUUGUGGUGGGCACGUUGGGCGGGGUGGCGGUUGUUGCUGCUGCUGCGUAUGUGAUUCGGAGGUGGGCGAUUAGGCGCGCGGUGCGGAACCAGAAGCUGCGGCCGAUGUAAUUGUCGUCUUCGUCGUCGUUGUUAUGGUCUUCGGCUCAGUUGGAUUUGGCGGGGUGGACGCGCCCCACGCUGCUCCACACGCGCGUGCCACUCGGUGAUAGACGAUUCUUAUUCCCCGACCAACACAACGCUAUGCUUAUCGGAACAACCUCGUGGAACAGUGAAGGCGACGGGACGCGUAAAGGACGCAUAUACUUACGGUUUAUCUCUGCUGGAUUCUGGAAUUUGCUCAACAUACUAUCUCCAUAGAGUCGACCUUGUCGACCUCGCGAACGCGCCAUAUUACGCUCUACACACGCGCACUCCCCCGGUUACCCUUUUUUCCCGCUGUUUCAGUUCAUCAUGCCGCAUUGACCUUACUUAUCACCUUCAUCGUCAUCGUCAUCUAUCUCUUCCCUAUCUAACCAUCAUCUGGCACAAUCCAUACCUGCGCCUCCUCAUAUCCCGUAUCCCGCUAGCACCACGGCACGGAAGCCUUUACAUUUUUUUUCCAUCGAUGUCGUGCGUACGCAUGCACUGUACUUUUAUCUCUUUAUUGCGUUAUCCUCGUUUUCUUGUUUUCUCGUUUGUUUCGUUGUUUAUUGUAGGGUCUUGGGAUAAGACUGCAUCUCGCACGCGCAUCGUAGAGCUGGAAUGAUUCGGCAAUCACAUCGCUAUCCUAG